AUGCUGCUCCAUCAGCUCUGUGCCGUUCUGGCCGCUGCAGCACUGUCUGGCGCUGCCCCAUCUUCUGUCAAACAUGUUUUGCAUGAAAAGAGAGAUAAAAGCGCAUUGGAUUGGGUGAAGGGUGAUCGGGUUGAAAGUAAUGCGAUAUUGCCCGUGCGCAUUGGGUUGACCCAGAAUAAUCUAGAAAAGGGAUAUGAUUAUUUGAUGGAUGUAUCGAAUCCUGACUCCUCUAAAUAUGGGAAUUAUUGGUCUGCCGACGAAGUGCAUGACAUGUUUGCGCCUUCUAGCCAGACAGUCGAAGAGGUCCGCGAAUGGCUCCACUCUGUUGGAAUUGAUCCGUCACGGGUUGUUCAUUCAGAUAACAAGGGUUGGAUCGCAUUUGAUGCUUAUGCUCAUGAGGCCGAGAGACUGUUUGUGACGGAGUUCUACGAGCACAAGCAUACUGCGAGCCAGAGCACGAAGAUUGGCUGCGACGAGUAUCAUGUCCCGGGCCAUAUUCAAGGACACAUUGACUACAUAACCCCUGGUGUCAAGUUGACUCCCGUAUUGAAGAAACACAAGAAAGUCAAACGAGCCUCUCACCUUGCCCACAGCGACCCGAUUCUGGAGGGGGUCUCGUUUGAAGAAGCGAAAUACUCGAUUCCUGCUAAAGCAUUGUCUCUUUCUGCAGAUCUCCAAGGAUGUGGAUAUAAUAUGACACCAACCUGUAUCAAGGCACUUUACGGAAUCCCAGAUGCUACCAAGGCUUCCAAGAAGAAUUCGCUAGGUCUUUACGAACAGGGAGACUAUUUUGCGAAAUCAGAUCUUGACUUGUUCUUCAAGGCCCACGCUCCCUGGGUCCCCCAGGGUACAUACCCCAUCCCUGCUUUGAUCGAUGGAGCCAAUUUCUCUGUGCCUUCCUACAGCUCUCUCAACACCGGGGAGUCCAACAUUGACAUUGACUUGGCUUAUUCAUUGAUCUAUCCUCAAUCUGUGACUCUUUAUCAGGUGGAUGAUCAACUUUAUGAGCCCGAGGAGGUUGCGACUACCAAUCUCUUCAACACCUUCCUUGAUGCUCUAGACGGGUCAUAUUCGCGUAUGGAGAGACUGGGAAUGACCCCAAAAAUUGACCCAGUCUAUCCCGACAAUCGAGAAGGAGGCUACAAAGGAAAACUCCAAUGCGGCGUCUACAAGCCAACCAACGUCAUUAGCGCCUCAUAUGGUCAAUCCGAAGCGGAUCUCCCUAUCAGCUACACCAAAAGGCAAUGUAACGAGUUCAUGAAACUCGGUCUCCAGGGCCACUCGAUUCUAUUCGCAUCUGGAGAUUACGGCGUCGCAUCAUUCGCAGGAGACGGCAGUGCCAACGGCUGUUUGGGACCCGAGCAAAAGAUUUUCAACCCACAAUACCCAUCCAACUGUCCCUAUGUUACAUCAGUCGGGGGAACCAUGAUAUACCCGGAUCAAACAGUCGACGACGCCGAGAGUGUAAUGCACGCCAAUCUCGGGGGCACAGCGACGAAUUUCAGUAGUUCGGGCGGUUUCUCGAAUUACUUCCCGCAGCCUCAUUACCAGAAGGCCACCGUGAAGAAAUACUUUGAAAAGGCCGAUCUGUCUUACCCAUACUACUCGGAAUUCAGCGUGGAUGUUAAUACGACCAAAGGUCUCUACAACAGGAUCGGGCGUGCCUACCCGGAUGUUUCCGCCAAUGGCGCUCGCUUCCCAGCCUAUACUGGUGGGAAGGCUCUUCAUUAUUAUGGGGCGAGCUUGGCUUCGCCAUUAUUUGCUUCGGUUUUGAAUUUGAUUAACGAGGAGCGUAUUGCGAAGGGCAAGGGCCCUGUUGGUUUCGUUAACCCUGUGCUUUAUGCCCACCCCGAGAUUCUUAAUGACAUUACCAAUGGAACAAAUGCCGGGUGUGAUACAAAUGGUUUCAGUGCCAUCGAGGGAUGGGACCCCGCCACCGGUCUGGGUACGCCCAACUACCCAAAGAUGAAGGAAUUCUUUUUGUCUCUGCCAUAA